UACGAGUUGGUAGCGCCUCGGUUUCUUGUCUGACGCUUUUUCCGUCCGAGUUUUGUAGCGGUUGGGAUUCCGCCCUUGUCGGCAUUCCACGCCGCGAGACAAGGAUGCUCAAGUCCAAAACGUUCUUAAAGAAGACCCGCGCGGGCGGCGUGGUGAAGAUCGUGCGCGAGCACUACCUGCGGGAUGACAUCGGCUGCGGGGCGCCGGCUUGCUCGGCCUGCGGCGGAGCGCACGCGGGUCCGGUCCUGGAGCUGCAGCCCCGCGACCAGGCGAGCAGCCUCUGCCCGUGGCCGCACUACCUUCUGCCGGACACCAAUGUGCUGCUGCAUCAGAUUGAUGUUCUCGAGGACCCUGCCAUCAGGAAUGUCAUUGUGCUACAGACAGUCCUGCAGGAAGUGAGGAACCGGAGCGCCCCCAUAUAUAAGCGAAUCAGGGAUGUGACUAAUAACCAGGAGAAGCAUUUCUAUACGUUCACUAAUGAGCACCAUAAAGAAACCUACAUAGAACAAGAACAGGGAGAGAAUGCCAAUGACAGAAAUGAUAGAGCCAUACGAGUAGCAGCAAAAUGGUACAAUGACCACCUGAAGAAGAUGUCUGCAGAGACUCAGCUACAAGUUAUCCUGAUAACAAAUGACAAGAAGAACAAAGAGAAAGCUGUAGAAGAAGGAAUACCAGCUUUCACAUGUGAAGAGUAUGUAAAGAGCCUGACGGCUAACCCUGAACUUACAGAUCGUCUUGCCUGCUUGUCUGAUGAGAUGAAUGAAAUAGAAAGUGGGAAAAUAAUAUUUUCAGAGCAUCUUCCCUUAAGCAAACUCCAACAAGGCAUAAAAUCUGGUUCAUACCUUCAAGGAACAUUCAGAGCUAGCAGGGAAAAUUACUUAGAAGCUACAGUGUGGAUUUAUGGAGACAAAGAAGAUGACAAAGAGAUACUUAUACAGGGACUUAAACAUCUAAACAGAGCUGUUCAUGAAGACAUUGUGGCUGUGGAGCUACUGCCCAGGAGUCAGUGGGUGGCUCCGUCCUCUGUGGUUUUACACGAUGAAGGUCGAAAUGAAGACGAUGUGGAGAAAGAUGAGGAGAGGGAACUCCUGCUUAAGACUGCUGUAAGUGAAAAAAUGUUAAGGCCUACAGGUAGAGUCGUGGGGAUAAUCAAAAGGAACUGGAGACCAUACUGUGGCAUGCUUUCCAAGUCUGAGAUUAAGGAGUCAAGAAGACAUCUCUUUACACCUGCUGAUAAGAGAAUUCCACGAAUUCGGAUAGAAACCAGACAGGCUUCUGCGUUAGAAGGACGGAGAAUUAUUGUCGCCAUUGACGGUUGGCCCAGAAGUUCUAGAUAUCCAAAUGGACACUUUGUAAAAAAUUUAGGUGAUGUUGGAGAGAAAGAGACGGAAACUGAAGUUUUGCUGCUUGAGCAUGACGUUCCUCAUCAGCCCUUUUCCCAGGCUGUUCUUAGCUUCCUGCCCAAGAUGCCCUGGAGCAUUACUGAGCAGGACAUGAAAAACCGAGAAGAUCUGAGACAUCUGUGUGUUUGCAGUGUGGACCCUCCAGGAUGUACUGACAUAGAUGAUGCCCUGCAUUGUAGAGAACUCAGUAAUGGAAACUUGGAGGUUGGUGUUCAUAUUGCGGAUGUUAGCCAUUUUAUCAGGCCAGGAAAUGCGUUGGAUCAAGAAUCAGCAAGAAGAGGAACAACUGUUUAUCUUUGUGAAAAGAGGAUUGACAUGGUUCCAGAGUUGCUUAGUUCAAACCUCUGUUCCUUAAGAUCCAACGUUGACAGGUUGGCAUUUUCCUGUAUUUGGGAAAUGAAUCAUAAUGCUGAAAUAUUAAAAACGAGAUUUACCAAAAGUGUCAUUAAUUCAAAGGCUUCUCUUACAUAUGCUGAAGCACAGAUGAGAAUUGAUUCAACGGCUAUGAAUGAUGAUAUUACCACUAGUCUCCGUGGACUAAAUAAACUAGCUAAAAUUCUAAAAAGGGGAAGGAUUGAAAAGGGGGCUCUGACUCUGUCUUCUCCAGAAAUCCGAUUCCACAUGGACAGUGAAACGCAUGACCCAAUCGACCUGCAGACCAAGGAGCUGAGAGAAACAAAUUCCAUGGUGGAAGAAUUUAUGUUACUCGCUAAUAUUUCUGUUGCAAAAAAGAUUCAUGAAGAGUUUUCUGAACAUGCUCUGCUUCGAAAACAUCCAGCUCCUCCUCCCUCCAACUAUGAAGUUCUUGUUAAGGCAGCUAAGUCCAAGAAUUUGGAGAUUAAGACUGAUACAGCCAAAUCUUUGGCUGACUCUUUGGACCGGGCAGAAUCUCCUGAUUUCCCCUACCUGAAUACUCUAUUAAGGAUCUUGGCCACUCGCUGUAUGAUGCAAGCUGUCUACUUCUGUUCUGGGAUGGAUAAUGACUUUCGUCACUAUGGCCUGGCCUCCCCAAUAUACACACAUUUCACAUCUCCUAUCCGAAGAUAUGCAGACAUAAUUGUUCAUCGGCUGUUAGCUGUGGCGAUUGGGGCUGAUUGUACUUAUCCAGAGUUGACAGACAAACACAAGCUUUCAGAUAUAUGUAAAAACCUCAAUUUCCGGCAUAAAAUGGCUCAGUAUGCCCAGCGGGCAUCAGUUGCUUUUCAUACGCAGUUGUUUUUCAAAAGCAAAGGAAUAGUAAGCGAAGAAGCCUAUAUUCUCUUUGUAAGAAAAAAUGCAAUUGUGGUGUUAAUUCCAAAGUAUGGCUUAGAAGGUACAGUUUUUUUUGAAGAAAAAGAUAAACCAAAGCCACGCCUUACUUACGAUGAUGAGAUACCUUCACUCAGAAUAGAAGGUACAGUGUUCCAUGUGUUUGAUAAAGUUAAAGUGAAAAUCACAUUAGAUUCAUCAAAUCUUCAACAUCAGAAAAUCCGAAUGGCCCUUGUAGAACCACAGAUACCAGGAGUAAAUAUUCCUUCUGAUGUCUCAGAUACGGAUCUUAAUGGACCAGGAGGAAAGAAGAGAAAACUUGACAAGUAGCUCAUCGACAGAAAACCUCAACACUGGCCGCCUUGACAACAGCAGCAAAACUGAAACCACACUUACAUGCUCCUGCGUGAUAGCUACUUUUAAAUACAUUUCAAUAAUUUUAAGGAAUUUGCAUUUUUAUUGAGUUGCUGACUGAAUCUAUCUUAUAUUGUGCUUCUGCAACAACAGAAAUUAUGCAGAAAAGUUCACUGGAAUAUCCAUCACAUAAAUGGUGACAGUAACAACGUCAGAGAUCUGUGAUGAUCAUUUAGGAGUAUUCAUCUUCUCAUUGAAGAACGGAUUAAUAUUAUCUAAGUACUUUAAUAUAAAAAGAACCUAUCAAUUUCUGAGGAAAAUAACAUUUUAGAAGCAAAGAACAAGCCUUUCUAAAUCUAGCUGUCAGUGUUUGGCAUUUAAUCUUUUUGCCAUUUUAAUUUGCCUACUUAACAUUGAGUUCAUAUAUUUUGAUAAGACUCUUGUACUUCCCAGUGGUCCUCAAACAGUCGUGAAUGUUUCAGGAUUAUAGGAAAAUAAGACCUGGAGUAUCUUCAUCUGAUUUGAAACUCUGAUUUUUGUUAACAGGUGUUAAGUUCAGUCAUCAUCCCUAAUCUUUGUUGCCAAUAUUUCUCCCCAACAAGGCAUUACAGAGAAAGGAGAAAGGUGGUACUUUAAAUGUCUGCUUAUUUAUAAAAACAGAUAAUGGCUUAUGAAUUGUAAUUAUAUCCAAUUAUAUAGGCGGGGAGGGAUUAUAGUAAAGCCAUAUUAAAAGGAACAAAUGAAGUCUCAUUUGGUAUGCCAGAUUGCACUUGCCUUACAAAUCUCAGAUUAAUGAUUACAUUGGUAUUUAGGAAUACUUUAACAUUCAACUUUGCUUACUCUGUUUCCAGUCAAGGAGACUAGUUCACAGCAAAAAUGAGCUGACAAAGCCUCGUUACUAUGGAAAAAUCUCUACAUAAAGACAGACUUGAUGUAUCUAAAGUAAGACAAUCUUCUUACAAAGUGUUUGGUCCAAAUAAAAUGGAUCAGUGCCUGAGACUAGAGCAGGAGGCUGCAAACCUGUUUGUAAAGGCCACAGCAUUUCAGAUGUGGCUGAACUCUAGCUGUAAUUGUACUUUAUAAGCAUCUAGACAAUACAUAAACAAGUAUGGUUAUAUUCUUGGAAACCAACCAUUUACCUAAGGAUACAAGUUUCAAUUUUAUGUAUAAUGUAGAUUUUUGCUGUUGAGUUGGGCGUAUAGCAUGCAGCUUAGUGGUGUAACUAUUGCCUAGUGUAUAAUAGACUUGGAUUUGAUCUGACUUUUGCAAAACACAAGACAGUUCUUUACACUGGAAAGAUGGCUCAGCAGUUAAGAGCAAGCAAGCACUGGCUACUAUUCUUCCAGAGAAUCUAAUUUUGAUUCUUGGCACUGACAUGAUGGCUGUUAGUCAGCUAUAACAUUCUGGUUCCAGGAGUUUCAAUACAUGCUGUUCUCAGUUGUUUUUCCACAUUAAUUUUUUGAAACAGGAUUUUUCACUGAACUUGGGAGCUUGUCAUUUCAGCUAGACCUGUUAGAAUCAACCAGUUUCCACUCUUCUAAUGCUGGGGUCAUAGCCACACACAUUGGCUGUCAUCUAGGUUCUGGGGAUCUAAACUCGUUUUCAUGCAUUUACAGAAAGCACUUGAUCAUUUCCGCAGCCCAUGUCUGUUAUUCUAGUUAUCUUGAGCGAUUUUAAUAAGGAAUACAGGCUUCCACCUCAGUUGAGCAGAUUAUGAUCAAAAACCUAUAUUCCCCAAAGCCUCUUCCUUUAGGCUCUAAAAUGUUUUCUCUAGUGCUAGUUAUGGAGCUAAACAGAUUUAAAACAUGGUCAGCCUCCCAGUAUUCAGGCUGUGCUUCUCCAUAUUUGAGGAUGAAGGUACUUAAAAAAACUACAAAAAAAAAAAAAAAACAAACCCCAGCAUCUAUGCUGAAUGUGUUAAAACACUAUUAUUCACCCAAUAACUACUAUUUUCAUUGUAUUUAUAUUGUACUAGAUAUUAGAAUUUGAGUGGAUUUCAUGUAUAUGCAAAAAUGAGCAUACCUUAUAUGCAAAGACUGCCAUUUAGGACAUUAGUAUCCAUUAACUUAUUAUUUUGAUCCAUGGGUGGCCCUAGAACUAGUUCCUCUUAGAAUUGAGGAGGACUGUAUUGCGCUUAAACUCAAAAAGCAGCCAGAUUAAAAAAUACCUUUGACUGUCACAUUCUAGAGACUGAAACAAAACUAAAGGUAAAAUGAAAGCUAAGGCUACAUUGUAAGAAGAUCUGAAAACAAACGAGCCCCUUUAGGACUGCUAUUCCUGUUUAACAGAUAGAAGUCAGAUCAAGGAUAGAGACAAGUUAUUUGAGCCUAGGUUGUGGUUACUACUUAAGAAAACUGAUGGGUAGCUUGAGAGGCUGCUUCUCUUACAUUCGGAAAUCAGAGAGAAUAGCUGUCUUCAGAUAAACAUACUCAACUAGCUAGUCAACUUCCAACAUUGGUCACUGUUAGUGGAGCAGGUGAGGUCACAAGCAGAGUGUGUGUGUGUUAGCAAUAAACACACCAAGGAUGGAGUGCCAUUCAGAACAAGGAAGAAAAUGACAGAAGAGUAAUCUUUAUUUUCUAGGACUAAUGAAAUCAUUUUGAGUAUGUCGUUUUUAAUAAAGUACAAAAAUAGUCUUUGAUAUUCUCAAGCACCUUAUAUCCAUCUUUUUCUAAUACAGAUUUUUAAAAUGUAUUUUAUUAAGCUAUUUUCCCAAUUGUUUCUUCAUAGUUCUAAGCUCAACAAGAAUUCCACUGUCUCCCAGUGAUUCUGAUUCUCCUGUGUUCUGUUCAUCUCCCUACCAAGCCUAGGAAUGGCGGCACAUGCUUCUGUGGCAUCCCAUAUUCGCCCACACACGUGGCAGCAUAUAGGAUGCUGCCCAGUAACAUCUUCCUACAUUUAUAAUUUACAGAACCAAGUAAUUUCCCCACAGAAAUGAAACUUUAGUGAGUCCAUCUUACUUUUUACCUUUGUAAGUUUUAUAGCUCAAGAUUUCUUUCACAGUUUCAUGUAAAAAUAUAUAGUGCAUUCAGUUUUAACAUUUUUCUCAUGUUCCAAGAACUGGUAAAUUCAAGACUACCAUUCAAAGUCUUAACAGUUCACUGACUCUGUAACAGGGGAAAGCCAUGAGAUCUGCCAUAACUUUUUUGUUAAACCACUCAAAGCAAAUAUAAAAAUCUUUAUUGAUUUUAAAAAAUAAAUGUAUAAUUUAACAACUUGGA